GUGGGAAUAAAUUGCCAGCCACCCACUAGAAUCCCUGGCUCUGACUUGGCCAAAUUCUCACGCGCUGUGUGUCUGCUGUCUAAUACCACAGCUAUAGCUGAAGCCUGGGGGCGAUUGAAUGCCAAAUUUGACAAAAUGUUUGCGAAGCGAGCCUUUGUUCAUUGGUACGUUGGCGAGGGCAUGGAGGAAGGGGAGUUCACUGUGGCCCGCGAGGACAUGGCGGCGCUGGAAUUUGACUAUGAAGAA